AUGCCCGAGCUCAAAUUAACCAACAGUCAUGGAUCGACCGCUGCCUCUCAGUUUCCUUCACACACAUCUUACGCUCCAGAAGUCCCCAACAAAGGCCCGGCGACGAAUCCAUUGUCACACGUCUCGCACGCAAACUCGCAUUCACACGCCUCUGCACCUGCACCUGCACCCGCACCCGUGGCAGGCACUGAACACGCAUACUCAGUGACAGGCACUGAACACGCUUACUCACACGGUGACAAGACCAAUGUCACACCCAACAGCGACGACAUGGGCAACGAAGCAUCAAAGCUGAAGAUCAAACUUUCGCACCUGAACCCGCGUGAUCAGCGAAGUGUGGGCAGUCAACAGCAGGGACAUGGUGGCCUGGUGUCGAUGAGCGACUCGGCUCUUGAUCAGGUGCCACGCCUGCCCACGCCCGAAUACCAGAUGCAGGACAUUCGGACCCCACUUGUUGAUGGCAUCGUCUCGCCCCUCUCGCCGGCGCCAUCACCACACCCGCCCUCCGAAGAGCAACAGGCAGGUCCCAAGCCGCAGGCCAAGCCGUCUAUUCAGCGCAAGGCCAUCGGCGGGCGUGACCUACACAGCACAAAAAGCCUGCCGCAGAUUCGCACGGAAGGUCCCGGCAUCACAAACGCCGAGCCCUUCCCCCUGGCACUCUCUACGCCCAUCGUCGCCCAGGGCGCCAUCGCCAGUCCUUCGAGCGGCCACGCCGCCGCAUCUGGCCAGCCACAGUCACAACCGCAGCCGCAGCUGCAGCCGCAGCAGGGGUUCCGGCCGCGCACAGGCUCGCGGUCACAGGAGCAGCGGCCUGUCGGCCUUCCGCUGGGGCCUCCGGCGCUCCGAGAGAAGAGAUCCCAAGCAUCGAGCCUGCGCAGCCCCCAUCCUGGCAUGCAGCCGUCGCCCGAGUCGCGCACGUUCCCCGAGCUGCGCGGGGGAAGACCUGCCGCCGCCCAACGCGGCGGCGCUGCGGUUUCCCAGCUACCGCCAUGA